UAGAAUGAGAACAUUUAUACAAGCCAUUCUGCCGAUCAUUCUUUAUCUACAAGUAUUCAUAGUGACAGCUGGCGCCAGAUUGGUAGGGUAUGGAGGUCCUUGCAAUUAUCAUAAGUGUGUUCCUCAUCUGGUUUGUCCUAUUGGUACAGCAUGUUUUUGUCCAGACCCAAUUGCUAAUUAUUUUGAUCGAAGAGAACAAAUUUGUAAACCAAAAGAUUUUGUUGACAUUGCAAAAAGAAAGCCCACCUCUAUGUCUUCACCACCACCAUCACUUUAUCGUAACAUGAAGUCUUAUCAUGCUAAUAAUGGAAUUUACUGGGAACCUGUUAUACGUUGUGCUGAUCCGGAUCCCAAUGGACCUAAGCCACAGUGGUGGAAGGUUAAUCUACAAGCUUAUUACGAAGUUCAUCGGUUAUUCAUUUUUACUGGCGAAUCUCUUGAUCGAUUUGAUCGAUUUGCAGUCGACGUUAUUGCCGGAUCAAAAGAAUUUAGAUGUGAAUAUAGUCGUGGAGAUCCACACUCAUACAUGUCAUAUUACCGUGAAGUAAAUUGUGCUAGCAAUACAGUAGGAAAAGAAUUGAAGAUUGCUUCUACUAUUUUUCAUAGUCUUUGUGAAGUAGAUGUUAACGGGACAUUAGCCAAUCCAUCUGAGUUUUGUAGUAUUGGUAUUCAACUAAAUAUCUAAACACAAGUUCUCAUACUGGCAACAGGAAUUGACUACCCAUCCUGAGACUGAGUUCAUUUGUAAAAAACAUGCACAUGGCAAAUUAAAUUAUGCAUUUACAUGUUGUAUAUUUCAUCCUGAAUAUGCUUGAAAUACUUGCCACUGGAUGUUACUGGAGCCAAAUAAUAAAAUGUCAUUAUGUUAUUGAUUCAUCGACUGAAACAAAUUAUGCCUGAUACAUGUGAUAUUUGAUGAUUUCAUGAAAAAAAAAUCCAUCAUAUAAUGUAUUUUAUUUUUUAAACAGCUCUAAUAAAUUCACUACUAGCACUGUUAUAUGCCUGCAUCAUCAUUUUCUUCAUCAAUAACACAUCAAUUGGAUAAUUCUGUUGAAGUUGUACCAUCAGUGCAUCACUGACCACUACUGAGUCCGAGAUUCCUCAAGGUUCUAUUGAUAGGUUACCAUUCCAUGACAUUUUUCCAAAUUUACAAUGCAAUUGCUGGUCAAGCUUACAUCUAUGGGAUCCAGACUAAAACAUCACAAGAAAUAAAAACCAA